AUGUCCCACUGCAGUCUAUGUGUUUGUAUCCUCUUAUUUGAACUUUCAACGCGGAGUUUGUUCCUCAGCGUUGUUAAUGAAGAUUCAUUGCAUUCGAAACUAAAUGCACCGCCUAAUAACACCAGCAACCACCUGAACCCAGGGAUCAGCGAAGGUUCGGACUCUAAACCCACCACCAGUUUUGAAGGGAAAGGCAAUGGGAGUCAACUGAAGGUCUUCUCUCUGGAUUACUCUUACGUGCAGAUUCCUUUUGAAAUAACACUAUGGAUUAUGUUAGCAUCACUGGCCAAAAUCGGAUUUCAUCUCUAUAUCAAGCUGUCCAAAAUUGUACCAGAAAGCUGCCUAUUAAUAAUUGUGGGCCUUAUAAUGGGAGGAAUAAUCUAUGGAGUGAAUGAGAGCCAGGCACCUGUUAUGAGCACAGAUGUAUUUUUCCUUUACCUGCUUCCACCAAUAGUACUUGACGCUGGCUAUUUCAUGCCAAGUAGACCCUUCUUCGAGAACAUUGGAACCAUCCUUUGGUACGCAGUGGUGGGAACUAUGUGGAAUGUUUUUGGAAUUGGUCUGUCUCUAUAUGGGAUUUGUCAGAUUGAGUCAUUUGGCCUGCAGGAUAUUUCCCUGCUCUAUAAUUUGCUGUUUGGCAGCUUGAUUGCAGCUGUGGAUCCUGUAGCUGUUCUUUCGGUGUUUGAAGAGAUUCAUGUGAAUGAACAGCUUCAUAUUCUGGUGUUUGGUGAAUCAUUGCUCAAUGAUGCCGUUACUGUGGUUCUGUACAAACUAUUUGAGACUUUCUGCACGAUGCCCUCGAUUGGAACGUGGGAUAUUUUUGCUGGAAUUGUUAAAUUUUUUCUCGUGGGAUUUGGAGGCUUAAUAGUAGGCGUUGUUUAUGGAAUCAUUGCAUCGCUAACCACACGCUUCACUGAGCACAUCCGUGUCAUCGAGCCUCUCUUCGUCUUCCUGUACAGCUAUCUGUCAUACCUGACUGCAGAAAUGUUUCAUUUCUCUGGUAUUGUGGCAAUUAUAGCUUGUUCCAUGAGCAUGAAACGGUAUGUGGAGGCUAAUAUCUCUCAGAAGUCUCACACUACAAUCAAGUACUUCAUGAAGAUGUGGAGCAGUGUGAGUGAGACCCUCAUCUUCAUUUUCCUUGGUGUUUCUACUAUUGGGGACAACCAUGACUGGAGCUGGCCCUAUGUAUGUUUCACAAUGAUAUUUUGCCUUGCCUGGAGAGCAGUAGGUGUCAUUGUUCUGACAUUUAUUGUGAACAAAUUCCGUGUGAACACAGUCACGAGGAAGGACCAGUAUUAUAGCUAUGGUGGAUUAAGAGGGGCGAUCUGUUUCUCAUUAGUAUUCUUACUUCCCAACUUUCCACGAAAAAAACUUUUCAUCACUGCUACAAUAGUAGUUAUAUUUUUUACAGUGUUUGUUCAGGGAAUGACAAUUAAACCACUCGUAGAGUUACUGGAAGUUAAAAAAACAAGCAGAACUCCUCCAACUAUCAGUGAGCAGAUUCACAUUCGGUUUUUGGACCAUUUGCUUGCUGGGAUAGAAGACAUUUGUGGACACUGGGGCCAAUAUUACUGGAAAGACAAAUUUGAAUAUUUCAACAAUAAAUAUUUAAAUAAGAUUCUCAUCAGAGAACACCACUUGUCCAAAUCCAGCAUUGUCAUCUUAUACCAGAAGCUGGAGAAAAAGCAUGCCAUUGAGUUAGCUGAGGCUGGACACCUAAUUGGUGCACCAUCACUUGCAUCUCUCCAUGACCAGCCAUCUCCCACAGUUUCCAAAACUCCAGUUCCUCCAGAACAGCUUGAUAACAUGCGGAAGCUGCUGAUAAGGAAUCUUUAUCGAAUAAGGCAAACGACGCAGUCCUAUAGCAGACACACUCUGCCUCAUGGGAAAAAUACAAGCCAAGCUAAAGAGAUUUUUCUGCGCCGUCAAGAGAGUCUCCUUAAAGAUGAUUCUUUCCUGAGCACAGUAAAGAGGAGAUCAUCUACAGGGGUGGGUGAGUCACAAAAGAAGGGUAAACUGGCUCGAUCCCUAACAGUUGGAGGAUAUGGGGGCAAUAAUAAUGCCCAGAAGAAAUCUACACAAUUACCCAAGUCUCAGUCAGCCACAGCACCUCAGCAACUUAGCAACACUGAAUGGAUCAACGAGGAAGAAACAGAAAAUGCACAAAGUCCUGAUGCAAUUGAUGAGAACCGUAUAUCAGAGAGACAUGUUGACAAUAGCACAAAAGACAUGGUUGGACCCAAAUUAAAGUUGAGAUUUGCCUCUCAAGAUACAGAAGAAAUUGAAUCAUCACCAAAUGAAAUUAGUAAUGGGUAGAGACCAUCCAAUAUACUGCCAUUAGUCCACCAAUUCUCUGAACACAUUAGUGAUCGGGACUACACAGAAUAAGGAAGUAUAUAACAGCAUGAAAUUGAUGGAGCACAAGUUGUUCCUUGAAAUAUUUAAUAUGUACUUUCAUUGAAAUUAAAAGCUAAGCCUACACAUGUAAAUAGCUCUUUCUAGCACCAUAUUGCACUUUAUGUAGUUCAAGGAUGAUAUCAAUUGUCACCACCUUCGGCCAGGUUUCAUUCCUUGAACAGCUAGCAAUAGCCUGCUCAAAAUUCCUACGAAAUGUCAUCUAUGUUGGUCAUGAGAUAAGCUGUCACUGAAUGCUCUUGUAUAAUCGUUGUCAUGUAUUUUUCUUCCUCCUUGUUGGUCAUUACCAUCGAAGACGUGA